UAGAGUCAGCAAAUUGUCAUUGUUUUCAGAAAUUCUGUAAUUUGUACUCUCGAAUGAGCCUUGAAGAUCACACUUUUGGCAUCGUAGAGAUUAUUUAGUUUUCAAACGAAUGCUGUAUCUAAGUGAACAUGCUGUGAAAUACUGAUUUUCAAAAUUUUACGGGCCUCUUUCGUAAUUUUUUAUAAGAUCUUUACCUCUCAAUUUAGGGUUUUAGUUUUAAUUUCUUAAUCAGAAAUUUUUUUCAAAUUGCAGCGAAGCUGCUGAUAGGUAAGGAGCCGAAAGUUAGCUUUAUCAAAGUUUUUCUUUACAUAAAAAAUUCCAUUGUUGAUUGGAAAGCUCUUGCAAACAUUUAUCCAAUGAUGAGAAAAUCAAAAAAUCGAAAAAAAUGGACUCCUACCUGUAAGACCAAGGAUUUUUUCAUUCUUGUGUAAAUCUAUUAGAAAAAUUAGGCAUGCGAUAUGAAAUAGGAAGGAAAAGGCUAAACAGUAGAUAAUGUGAGUUCGGAUUUAAUAAUUAAGAUAGCUUUUCGUUAUUUUAAUCUACCUGGUACGAUGAGAAAGAGCUAGAAUAAGUAAUUACGUUACACAAACCGCGAGACAUUGACAAAUAAGCGUACCUAUAAAAUCGCAAAAGUUGUCUUCAUUCGGUCCAAAGUAAGAAAAGACUUCAUUUGAAGUAGAAUUUCACUCGUAAGUCCGAAUAAAUGUACAGAUAAGUGCAUAAAAUACAAUUAUAAGAAAAGGAUUUCAAGUGCACUUACUCUGGAAUAUUUUUACUUUCACUAAAAAAAAAAAAAAAAAAAAACAACAACAACUGACCAUUAUUGUUUUUAUUGUUUUGUUCGACAGCACGAAUAGUUUUUAACAACAACGUUCUCGCAUUCGUAUCUUUUGCGAAGGGAAAUACCUAAACUAUACAUCCCUUUAGUCAGCUCAGUUCAAUUUAUAUGAAGCUUUGCGCAGCAAAAAAAAAGUAGGCGUGGCAACUACCCCUUUAACGCGGACCAAUAGGGUUUCGUAUCGAAGUUUAAUUCGAUUAAGCUAACAACUAGGGGUAUCAGAUUACACGACGUUUUUUGAAAUAAUUUUGCGAGUGUUCAUUUUUUUUUAAAUUUCAACUGUGUCGUGGCUUUUCAUUUUUCUAAAUAUUUGGCCUGUUCUUUAAUUUUAAUGUGCAAGUGUACUUAAUUUAUGCAUACUUGUUUGCGAUUGUUUAAAAAUUGGUCCAUAUGAAAAAUUGACACAUUUAAUGGAAUUGAACGGUUCAGCCGAUGGCGAAGGUACAGACUACAGUACCACAUCGUCUCCCGCUCGAUUGAGAAAAACUGGUACCCAAGAUUCUCAGUCAGAGGAUGAAUUUGUUUCUGAAGAUUUAUCCUCCGAAGACGAUAACUACAUUAGUCCGCAACCGAGAAUUGUGGUCAGAAAGAUGUUCACGAAUAGUAGAGAAAGAUGGCGACAGCAAAAUGUGAGCGGAGCUUUUGCCGAAUUGAGGAAAUUGGUUCCUACUCAUCCGCCGGAUAAAAAGUUAUCUAAAAAUGAGAUUCUACGGAUGGCUAUCAAAUACAUUCGACUUCUAUCCGGUGUUCUGGAAUGGCAAGAAAAACAAACCGAAUGGUACUCGAUAAACAAUAACAAUAAUAAUAAUUACUGCCAUUAUUCUCAUAACCCGAGUGCUAACGAAUGCAUACAGAAAUUGAGCCUAAAUGUAACCUAUCCCAGAAAUCUGAUCAAAUCGGUUAAAUGUAAUGGUCUCGAAGUGAACAACGGAUAUAGACGAAUUCAUUCCAAACAUAAAAACCACAAUAAUUCAAUUAAUAGUAAUUCGAGCAACACUACCAAUGGUAUUUCCAAUCAUUCUACCAACACCAAUGGAUACAACGAACGUUACGAUUCGAGGGAUGAUAACGAUAAGUCCGUUGAUAACUCUACCUGCAGCGAAAAACCCGAUAAUUUGAAAAAGAAAUCGAAACCGUAAAAUAGGUAUACCUACUUGCACCUAUAGUUUUGAUUAAGCUGCGUUCUGUUCUUAUUCGAUUUUUUUAUUUAAUUUAUUGCUUGAUAAUUUGAUUAUUAUUAUAGACGCAUAAAAUUAGGUUGGUAUAAUAAUAAAGAUAGGUAUACCUAUACUUUGUGCCGAACUGAUUGUUCUUUUGUAUACUCUUUGCCAAGUAUGUUUGCUUAUUUUAUUAAAAAGUACAUACCUACCUAUGCCGUUAAGAAAAAUUAAAGUUAUCAGCAGUCAACUUAUGUGUAUCUAUAUUGUAAUUAUAGAAUGAUUGGGAGGUUGGGGGGGGGGAGAGGUGAGUCGAAGGCGAAAAUUUGCCUAAUUUUCAGAAGCAGAAUAUCUUUUGUAAUCAGAACAUUAUGGCAAAAAAUAAAACAAAUUCUUCGGGAAAACCUCUGUUUUUAAGAUUGGAAAUUGAAAGCCUUGUGCAUUAUUUUUGACCUUUCUAAUCAAUUGGUGGCAAUUUUAGGCCCUUUUAGAGCCUCCAGUAGAUUUUUAUAUUUUCAGGGAUCAAAAAUAUGUAGGUAUGCUGAAUUUCAUCAUUUUUUCUCAAACAAGACCGUCUAUAAAAACCUGCUGGAGGCGGUUCUAAAAAAUCUUAAAAUUAUCACCAAUUGAUUCGAGAGAUCAAAAGGUAAAAAAUAAGAUUGGAACCAGAUUUUAAUUUUAUCAAUUGAUUUUUUUCACGAAAAAUAGAUUAUACUCAUUUGAAUUUCCAAGAAGUCACCACGAAUCGAAAUGUGUAGAAGUUUGAUAGUGUGGUGUGUUUUUGGACUUCCCUUUAAUGAGAAAAAUCACGAAAUUUACGAUUUUUUUUUUUUUUGUAUAAUUGAAAUGUAAUUCCUAAUAUAUACUUGCUGGCAAAAAAAUUUCUAGUUCAUCAAGUUUUCGAUAUCUCUAUCAUGUAGAACACGUGGAAUGAAAAAAAAAUAAAAAACAACGAACUUUCUGUACUGCUUAGCAUCGAUCUAGAACGUCCACUUUUCAUUUGUGGCCAAAAAACCAUCCUCAAAGUAUGUACCUAAUAUCAUUUUCAUCAUCGAAAUAUCCAAAAUUCAUCGAACCACGACGACAUCGACAUCGACAGUGAUUAAUCAUUUAUGAGUUAAAUCUGACCUCUACGACGUGUGCCGAAUUAGCAUUCAAAUUCGCGAACGUUGUUCAAAAUAUAAAACAGUACAGAUAAAAAUGCCACUUCAACGAUGCCCGAUGACCAAAAUGAUAUAAUAUGAGCUUAUUGACCGAGAUGACUUGCUCCUUGUUGUCGAUGUCAUGAAUUAGAGAAGUAGCGCACGCGACCCAAUCACAUUUUAACGAGGGUGCUGCGUGAGAUUUUGGCUUAUAAGCUAAACACCAUUGUCUGUAUUUCAACGAUCGCACUAGAAGGUGUCAUCACAUAUUACACACUCGAGUUGCCAACGUCGUCGUAGGCUUGAUUCGAGUAUUUAUUUGUUUGUGUGUUUGGUAUUUAUUGUUCGAUCUUUAGAAAUGUUAAUUCGGUUGGCGUUUCAAGUCUUGUAUAAGUGAAGGUAUUUUGGUUCUAAUUUAAUGUAGAGAAGGUCUACGUAGUAAGGUACUUUUACCAUGUGCUCGGCGAUUGAGAAAUUAGUUUUUCAAUCAGAAUUUUGGUUCAUUAUUAUUAAAAAAAAAAAAAACAAAAAACAAAAAGAAAAA